AUCAGAAUUGCUAAAUGCGUCAAUGGCUGCUCCGUGUUAAAAAUUUUGUGAAGGUCUGAUUUGUAAACAUGUCGGAUACAAAGCUUCCAAACCCAAACUGCGAAGAUGUUGUUGAAGAAGAAUUGAGAAAGUUACAUUUACCACAUGAAACAGAAGCUAUUCCUCCAGAAAGUUUGUCAAAACCUGAACCUUCUGAAGAGCUGUGUGAAAUAUGGAACCGAUGUUUGGUGUCACCUUGUCCAAAUCGCGUCGCAUCAUCUCCCGUUUUCAAGACAAUAACCUUGUACAAGACAAGCUCUUCAAAAUCAAGGCACGCUGGAACUAAACCUUUGUUGAGGAAAGCCCGGUUACAGAUUGUGAAAAAGUCCAGAUACCUGAGGAAACCCAAGCUAAACUUUUUGAAGUUCAAAGAUCAAGGAACAUAUAUUGAAUCUGAUGAUGCUUCCCAAGAAAGUGGUGUCAGGAAUCAAAACUCUCGUGUUUUUCAGUCAUCGUGUUCUCAGCAAGCAUUAAACCCCUGCCCAGAAGAAGAUGACACCACCAUAGAAGAACUGGCAGCCUACUUUGACUGUAUUGUAUACAUCCCUCGAAAGAUGUCCCAAAUGGCCGAGAUGAUGUACACAUAGUUUCUCUUUACAGUAUCAAAGAUGCAAGUGUGAAGCUACUCGUCAUGUAUGUAAUUGCAGGGUAAUAUGGUUCUGGCUGUUUUUUCAUCAAAAUGUGAAAACUGUUCAUUUGUAGAAUAUCUAUGAAAUCAUUUCAUUCAAAAUUGAAAUACAUGUAUCAAAAUUUUUCUUAA